GGGAUACGCCUGCGUGACGUCACGAGGCAUGGCGGACCGGAGCAGCCGCGUCAACUCGGAGAAUUUAAAGUCGCUUCGCUGUCGCCUCGGUCCAAUUUAAAUGUCGAUUUAUCAAAAGUCCGUCUCGUUACCGCCCUUCGUUUCAUUUAUAUACUUUGGUGUCCAUCUCGUUCGGCGCGGCGUCACGGCAAGAACCGGGAACAUUAACAACCUCGCCGAGAGCCGCUCUGAAGGACAUCCCAUUUUGACGAAGCCUAAAAUGUCGUGGAUACGAGAGGAUGCCCCCAAUUUCUUUCAGAAAUUCUGUGCCAAUAUCUUGAAGGCAGGGCCGAUGCCCAAGCACAUUGCCUUCAUCAUGGACGGGAACCGGCGGUUUGCGAGGAAGCAGCAUGUGGAGAGGCAGGAGGGACACACGCAGGGCUUCGACAAGCUGGCACAGACGCUGCGCUGGUGCCUGGAUAUGGACGUGCGCGAGGUCACCGUCUACGCAUUCUCCAUCGAAAACUUCAAGCGUUCGCAGGAGGAGGUGGACGGACUCAUGGAGCUCGCCCGCCAGAAGUUUGCGCGGCUCCUGCAGGAGAAGGAGAAGCUGAACAGGUACGGCGUGCGUAUCCGCGUACCGGGCGACCUCACGUUGCUGCCGCAGGACAUUCAGGAGCUCAUCGCCAAAGCCGUGACGUCCACCAGCCAUAACGACAAGUGCUUCCUGAACGUGUGCUUUGCGUACACGUCGCGCCACGAGAUCACCAACGCCGUGCGCGAGAUGGCCUGGGGUGUGGAGCAGGGCCUGCUGCAACCCAGCGACGUGACGGAGAGCCUGCUGGACCGGUGCUUGUACACCAGCCACUCGCCCGACCCCGAUGUGCUCAUCCGUACCUCCGGGGAGGUGCGCCUCAGCGACUUUCUCCUCUGGCAGACGGCGUACUCCUGCCUCGUGUUCCAGUCGGUGCUUUGGCCGGAGUUCACGUUUUGGAAUCUCUAUCAGGCCAUCCUGCGCUACCAAGUCAACUACCACGCCAUCCAGGAAGUGCGCGCGAGCCACCGCGAUGACGUGGAGCGGCAGGAGCGCGAGCUGGACCUCAGCGUCGCGCUGCAGAGGCUGCGGCACGGCGAGGGGGUGGCCGGCGACGACCCCACGGCGGCGGCGGCGACGGCCGAGGAGGAGGAGGCGGCCAGGCAGGUGGCCUGCGAGCGGCGCGAGAGGACCCAAAGAUUUCUGCAGGCGCUGGAGCGCAAGCGCACGGCCUACUUCGAGGAGCUGAGCGCCGAGCCCGCGAGAUGACGCUGAGCGUUUUGCGGAGUGGCGCCGCCACCGUCGCCGCCGGUGCGAGCAACGUGUCCAGACUGCUUCGAUCCAAACGGGGCUGCUACUGCUGCUGCUGCUGUCCACUGGCGAGAGUGUUGUCAACAACAUGGGCCUUGGUGCAAGAAAUGAAAUGGGGGGGAGGGUGGGUGGGGCCCUGUCCAAUUCUCACCGUGACCCCCCAAACCCACCUCUUCAUAGUCGAGGAACCUGGGACCCUCCAGCCCUUGGGCCACCCUCUGUGCAGUUGCACUGCCUGCACACUCGAUAUCACUACACUACUGACAUUCGCCGACCAAUAGACCAUACUUGUCAACCCCUUAUGAGUGCCUACCUUUAUAACAGCCCAAUUCAGAUCUUAUUGGUCACCCCCGUGCCCUUAGAAAUCUCGACGUUCAUCCUACAAAGUCCCAUCGCAAGGGAGAAACACAAACAGACGCAUUUUAUUUUUUGUUGCCCGUAUUGAAACAGCUGUACGCCGUAUGGACCUGAAAACUCUAUUUCCCUGUACAAGAAUACGGGUAAACCGUAUGGGUUAACAACUAUGAAUAGAUUCCUAUUGGAACCGUGGACUCGUACAGAGACCCCUAGACUCCCAUAGAGAUGAAUAUAGUCAAAAAACCUGUCGACUACUCUUAGAACAGUAGAUGCACGUAGGACCGAUACAAGCUAAGGGACCCAUAGACUCGCUCACACAGGACUCGUAGACCCACAUAGGACCCAUAGACUCAUAUUGGAACCAUCGACUCGAGUAGGACCAAUGCUCGGAGGCCCCAAAGACUCGCAUCGGUUUCGUAGCCUUGCCAGCGUGGGCCCCGAUGCGAGGAAAGAAAGGGGACCCUCUGUCCAAUUUCCCUCCCUCUCUCCGUAGCACGGCACUCCGGGGCCCCUCGAAACCGUGGGCCUCGGUGCAGUAGCACCACCUGCACGAUCGAUGGCCACGCCACCCGCCGCUGGCCGCUUUGUGGAUGCAGAAAGUUGACUCUCCAUUUAGCCCACGGUUGGCUACGUACGGUGCGACAGAAGUUCAACGCACAAGGCGGGGCGGCGCGUGUUGCGUCGCUGGACACGUGGCAGAAAAACGUAAUCGGCAAAACUUUAAAAUCCAAUGUUCGAUCACAGCGAUUGAAAUGCUGGGCGACAUCUCUGUGUAAAUCGAUGUAAUUAAUAUUAUUAUUGUAAUGUUCAAAUGUAUUUGGGGGGUGCAGGAAAAAAUAUAUAUACGUCGUGAGCUGUUGUGCACUUUGAUUAUCGCGAAAACUGACGAAUUUCAAGGAGCUUAAGUGUUUUGCGAAAAGUCGGUUAAAAUCCAUCGUGGUCAUUUGCCGACUCGGCAGUCAAAUUGAAUGCGUCCCGACCCGUCAAUCAUUGCGGGAUCUGCAGAUUGUGAUUCCAUGCGUAAAACCUCGGAUCGUACACAGUUGCUGUAGAGUCUGUGAGUAUUUCAACGUGCCAAUGUUGAUCUCUACUACAUGUAUAUACACGAUUUGUUCCACAGAGUUCGGCAGUGAGAAUUGUCAUUGCAUAUCUGAAGCAGACAUUACGCCUGCUUCCCAUGCCUGUCCCUCCUCAUAAAUCAUCAAAGGAUGUUGAUCCGUCCAAUUGUCGACAAGGGGACUGUCUCCGUUAGAGGGUCCUUGUGUAAUAUAAACAUCUUGCGGUUCUAGAUUUGAAGCUUUCGUGACUGCAAGGAUUCAUGCUCUUAGUUCUUUCGGUAAAGUCACGUAGGUAAAAAAUUAAAUUAAAAUUAAUAAAAAUAAAAUAAAAAUCACAUCGUUUCACUUCAUGCAGCAAAUCUGGCUGUGACGGUCCCACCUGAUGACGGAGACUUGUGUUGCCUCCGAAACGUCGUGAUUUUUUUAUUGUUUUAUUUUUAUUAAUUUUCUUUUUUACCUACCUGACUUUACCGAAAGAACUAAGAGUAUCUUGCGGUUCACCAGCAUUGGUUUAAGCGAGCAUGACUGAUGAGACACUGUCGAAACCAGUCUCCUUGCCUACGAACAUCAACAUUUGUUCAAGCCUGUCUUUUUACAGGUAGGAACAACAGUUCCACACUGCCCACCAGGGAUUAUUUGUCUGUCGUGCAUAGCCACGCCCUCGAUUUGUAUUUCAUAAGAGCGCUUCGGGCGGGCUCGGCACCACGUGACGCGCCGCCCCACGCAGCUUGCGCCGCGUGACACGGAUCGCACGAAUGCGCUGUCCAACCAAGUUCCUACCUGCCCACUCCGAAGGAACGUGUUUCCUGAUGACACGCCGAGUGUCGAAAUCGGACGGGGGUUUGCUCGUGUUGAGCCUAUGCUGAUUUAAGUAAUGUAAUGCACUCCCAGAAGACCGUGUAGCUGAUGGGGAUGUGUACGGAAAAAUAUCUAAUUUUAAUGUGGAGGGAUGUAUGGGAAGGAGGCGUUAUGAUCUAUGAAACGACGAGCUGAUUGUUGCGUUACAUUGGUUUGGUGACACCGCAAUUGGCAGUGAUGCACAAAUAACACGCAACUUGUUUGUCCACAGCACUGCUUCCAAAUAAGAAAAGUGUCUAACCAGGUGACGUUUUGGACAAUGGCCCUCCACAGCACACACGUGAUCUGUCACUUUGAUAGAGGUCCCCUCUAGCGGAGUUCGUCGUCGUUCGGCGGGGAGGUCAACAUCCCUCGCCUCUUGGUGUGUCGUGAGACGUCGCCGAUUCUACAUUUCCUUUCUCUCAAGGCGGCGUUGCGAACAUUUUGGGUGUCAUCUUCUUGGUUCUUUCGGUAAAGUCACGUAGAAUGGCAAUAUUAAAAUAAUAAAAUAAUUCUCACGACGUUUCGGCCACAACGCAAGCAGCCGUCCUCAGGUGGAGAGCAGGUCUGUCGAGUAGACUGAGUCUGAAUGACACACUCCAGGCUUGGAGCGCCAAACCUCCUACGCAUUUCACAAGUAGUACUAAUCGCAUAUCUGCAUUUCCCAUAAAUAUGCUAAAUUCCUCUUGAUAUGCAAAUUAUUUUGUCAAGGCGCCCUUCCCCCCUCCAUCCCAGCUUAAAUAGUCGCUCCAAGCCUGGAGUGUGUCAUUCAGACUGUCUACUCGACAGACCUGUUCUCCAUCUGAGGACGGCUGCUUGCGUUGUGGCCGAAACGUCGUGAGAAUUAUUUUAUUGUGUUAUUUUAAUUAUUUUAUUAUUUCCCUUCUACGUGACUUUACCGAAAGAACCAAGAAGAUGAAUCCCUGCAGUCACGAAAGCUUUAAAUCGAAAUUUUGGGUGUCGUUUUUGCGUUCAGAAUUCAAGUGCCGUCUUCUCUGUGGAAUUUUUGUCCUACGCUGCUCGCCCCCCCCCCCUCCCUCCCCGCCCACCAUCUGCUCGCGUUUAGGCUCUGGCUCUUUGCGCGGCGAUUAACGGAGGUUCGAUCUCGCUUCACCCACAAUCCAUUUCACGAGUGAAAAGGCAGCUUCUCAAAUAAAGACGCUGUUUAAAUUGA